GCUCCCAACAUGUGCCGAAAUAAACACUGCUAUAGCGCACUCGAUGGGCGUUGCGUAUCUCGCCCAUGAAAGAUGACGAUGUGGAGUCGGUGGCGUACGCGUCCGCGUUAUAUUGGGCGUGUGAAGAUGGUACCUGGUGCCAACUGAGAGGUACCAAGUGGCGCUGCUUGCGGGUCGCUCCUAGCGGCCUAGUUCACUCCGCCGCUCCUGACGCACGUGAUGCGAGUUGGAGGCCUUGGACUCGUCUCAUCGACACGUCAGCACAUCCGUAUGUAACAUGGUUUUCGGAGGCAACAACAAAUAUAGCAUUCAGCGCGGUGGACGUGCCUGCGUUGGACUCGCAUGAUGGACGUGAUGGCGAACAAGUGGCAUACGAGGCGGUGAAAGCAGGCGAGGAGGUUGAGGCUCAGCCCUCAGAACAACUGACUCGUUCGGAGCUGCUGCGAGCAGUGCUUACGUGCUGUGUCGAACUGGAAGUAUGCCUCGGUACUCUCCUGGCAUCUCCAAUGCGAAUGUACGCACACGCAGCAACAGGGCUCGAGCAAGCCGUCGUAUGCCAUGCCUGUGCUCGGAGUGCUGUCUGUUACACUUGUACAGCGCUGGAUGCCACAGAUGAAUCCUUGAAACAUCGAUUUCUGGAGUUCGCACCGGCACUAGUUGUCGCUUCUCUGGAUGCUCCGAGUGGACCGAUCCAUGAAAUGGCGGCCUCACGUGCGACUCGUCUCUUCGGAUCGAAGCAACGCUACGAGAUAGCGCAUGGCGAUGCGCGGACAUGGGCAGCUUCUGCUCCGCAGUACUUGAGUCCUCUGGCUGUUGGAGAUGCGGUUGCCUUGAUUGUGGUAUUCACGUCAGGGUCAACGGGGAAACCCAAAGGCCUCGUACACGGGCACGGUGGCUAUGGGAGUUGUGUUGCACGCUCAAUGUCAUAUGUUUUUGAUGCACGCGCAGGCACUGACGUCUUCCUGACGCUGGCGACAUUUGCGUGGAUCACUGGGCAAAGUUACAUGCUCUAUGGGCCCGUACUUGCACGAUGUAAGAGUCUGCUCGUCGAGGGCUCGCCCCUUGGUGCUGACGGGCUACGAUGGGCACGUAUCGCAAAGGCGCGUCGUGCAACGAUCCUCAAGUGUGCUUCAGCAUUCGUGCGCCACGCCAUGGGCAACCAAGUACGACGAGCGGCCGUUGAGGCGUUGGACUUACCGAACACUUCAUUGCGAUUGGGCACCUUUUGUGCAGAACCUGUGUCAGCUGAGGUGCAAGGAUGGGCAUCAUCUCGAAUAGUCGCUACGUUUCUGAAUUCAUACUGGGCCACCGAGCACGGAUCCAUUGUUUUGAGCCGUGAUCCGAGUGGAAACUUUCAGCCCGACACCAGAUGUUGGCCAGUGCCUUGGGUGCGGGCCUCGCUGCUGCAGCUUGAUGAUGAUGAGCUGGGUGAUAUUGUCCUUGAUGCACCAUACGCAGGCCUCGCCAGAACCGUCUUCGGAGACACGGCAGCGUAUGGCAAGCCCCACUGGCGUGGUGAUCUUGCACGCUUUGAGGCGGCCUAUUUUCCCCCUCGUGCAUCUGGGGAUGGUUUUGGAUUUGUGCAGGGAGACGCUGCGCGCGAGGCUGACGGCGCUUUCACAUUCCACGGGCGCCGUGACGAGGUCAUAAAUGUGAUGGGUGUCCGGUUGGGACUCGAAGAGCUCGAAAAAGUAGCAUGGUCUGCCUCAGAUGGAAUCCUGCAUGAUCUGGCUAUAGUUGGCGCACCUGAUUCUUUGAAAGGCCAGGUACCUAUUGGAUGGGUAGUCCUCUCUGAGGGCUUCAAAAUAGACUAUGACAUCCUUGCAAUCUGGCGGAAAGCCCUCUUUGAUAUCAUCGGUUCCCAUGCAGAACCGAGCGCGAUUGUUGCUGUUACUGCUCUUCCGAAGACAAUCACAGGCAAGACCCAACGAGGGCUGCUUCAAGCAGCACUACGCGGUGAC